CCCCUGUACGUCCAAGUUGCUGCUCACUCAACUUGGUCUACACCAACCCCACAAAUCCCAUAAAAACAAACACUUUUCCAACUGUGAACUCAACCCAUCAAACACACUCAAGAUGCGCUUCCACCCACUUCACAUUACACUCUUCUUGUGCACCUUGACAGUCGGACUCCCCCUCGACAAUGCUCCUCGCGCGCCUCAAAUUCUCCCUCGAGCGAAAACCUACGCAAUCGUCAAUGUCGACGGAGGUUCUUCUACCACAGCUCCCCCACCUGCUCCACCAUCAUCACAACCUACUACUAUCAUCGACGACAAAACCAAAACAGAAACGAUAGAACCCCCAAAGCCAACAACAAACAAGCCUUCAGCAACAGCGUCUUCGCCAUCGAUAACUUCGACCAGCUCGAAGGUGCCGGAACCUCAGACCGUUACUGCCACGGCUGCGCCCAGUGUCGUUACGGUCAUUAUCACAGAGACGUCGAGUCCGACUGCGUAUUAUGAUGAUGGGCAGUGGCAUACGAGUUAUGCUAUUAAGACGUGGGCUGCUCUGAGUACGCAGUCAAGUCUGCCUACCGAUGUGGUGUCUUGGUAG